GUGAUACACUUAGCACCCUUGGGUCUAAGGUUGCUUCAUAGGACAAAUGAAGAUAAGACCGCUGCUGUGAAAUUAAAUGACAUUUCGAGGUGCUGUAUUGGAUUGAGAUCUGGUGACUGUGGAGGCCAUUGGAGUACAGUGAACUCAUUAUCAUGUUCCAGAAACCAGUUUGAGAUCAUUUGAGCUUUGUGACAUGGUGUGUUAUCCUGCUGGAAGUAGCCAUCAGAAGAUGGGUACACUGUGGUCAUAAAGGGAUGGACACGGUCAGCAACAAUACUCAGACCAUCCUCUAUAAACCCUAGAGACGGUGGUGUGUGGAAAUUCUCAGCAUUUUCUGAAAUACUCAGACCAGCCCAUCUGGCACCAACAACCAUGCAACAUUCAAGGCUAUCCAAGAGCACAUAAGAAAGUACCCCAGACUCAGAUAUGGCUGCAGCUUGCCAAACAGAGGCAUCCAGACAGAAAACACCUACUUUGGAACUAUCCGGUGAAACACAGCUUCCAGAGAGCACCAACUGCCUGACGUGUUCAGAUGAUGGCAGGUACCUCAGCCUAGGUCACUCCCGCGGCUUGUCUGUGUGGUGUGCAUCUUCUCUGAUCUGCGCUGCAGAGUGGCUGCAGGACACACUGGAAAUUACAUCUGUUCAAAUGACCAGAAUGGCUGAGACAGCCUAUCUGCUUGGCACUGUUGAUGAUAUGGGUGUUGCCAGAGUCUUUGCAUAUCACUGUCAAAGUAUUUACCUCCUCAAUGUUAUAAACAUCAUGGAAGAUGUCAACAAAAGGAGCAUUUGCUUGGCAUUUGAACUGUCUGAAGGGGGAGAGUAUGGAGCUGCGUCAAUCAGCUGUAACAGUGCCGCUUGUCUCGAGGUCUAUCACUUCCCCUCAGAAGCAUGGCUGAAAGAGUUAGAGACGGCACGAUCACAUCAGCAGGAUCAAGACUCAUCUGAAGAUGUGGGUGUGGAAUGGUCACCAGUUGCACUUGUCUGUAAAAUCAAGCCACCCAAAGUUCCAGCAGGGACAGUAUUGGAUGGUUCCCUCGAGGCUUUGCAGAUCACAGACUUUUUUACACACUGUUUGGCUCUGGACGUAGAAACCAGCAGCAGCUGUCAACAGAAGAAACAGUCUUUUGAUACAGACGCAGGAAAAACAAAGGAAACAAAUGAAAGCCCGAGACGUUGCACCCAGCACUUUCUUCUGCCUUGUGGUCGGUUUCCUGGCGACACUAUAGCAAAGUCUCAGCCAGCAGGAUUGCCUGUUGCUGUGUGUGUGUGGUGGAGUGGCAGCCACAAUCUUCUUCAGUAUUUUCUGCAAAAAGCUCCAAAGAACAAACAAGAUGUGGAUCCCAUGCCAGAUGUGUUAUGGCCAAAUUCAAAGGAAAUCCUCUGCUCUGCUGUUAGUACAUGCACCCGUUACAUAGCUCUUGGGCUCAAUAAUGCUCUGGUAUGUGUGUGGGACAGGCUAUCUGGGUCUCCUCUGUCUGUUGUCUGUGUGACAGCAGCAACAGACAGCGCUUUCUUCAGAAUGCAGUUUGUGGAUUCCUGGCCUCGGACUGCUGAUGAUAUCCAGACUUUUACCCCAGCAAAAGUCCAUCUUUUGGUGUUGUGUAAAAGUGGAGCAAUUCAUACAGUCACCACAGGACGAGGGGCACAAGCCUGCACAGAACAGCUCACUGGAAGGCCUAAAGACAGCGGGGACCUUCCAACUGUCACUGCACCAGUGCCAUUCCUGCAGAGUUUGUCGCUUGUGGUGCAAAGAAAUGGGAAAGUGUUGCUCCAGGAUGUCAUCAACAAAACCACUGUGUGCUUCUUGAUUCCUCCCACAACUCAUGUGAUUGCCACUCCAUGCAAUCCUGUUUAUGCUCUGAACUCCAGACAGCAGACUCUGUUCAUUCAAGGUGACCUGGACCCCAGCUGCAGUGCCUCUUCUACAGAUGGAAGCCAAAGUAAGCUUUUCAUCUUCCGAUUUGGAGAGCCUGGCAUCAUCAAGCAGUAUAUCCUUCCACUUCCAGACUCUCCACGAGAACAAAACACACUGAGCUGUGUCACUCUAGAGGAAUCCUGCAAUCUCUACCUCCAGCAAAGGCAAGUAACAUGGAAGCAGCUACAGGAAACUGCGGUGACACAACAGCGGGGACACAGCAGAGCUGCAGCCAACUGAGGAACAGCAACAAAUCUUUUUUACACAGAGGUACUAUUGUAUGUAGUGUUUGUGUGCAUGUUCAUUUCAUGUCAGUUUGAAGCGUCUUUACUGCACUAUUUUCCUCAAUACACAAUGCUCACUUACACAGAUGUAAUUUUUCCAUAUAAAAUUGCUGCAAUUAGUGCAGUGUAAUAUAUCUGCUGUAUUUUUGUUCCUUUUUCUCACAAAAGAAUAAAGUAAGUGGGAAAAAUUUACAUAAAUGCGUCUGAAUCAUCUUAAGACAUUGUGUAGUGGUAUUGUCUCCAGGGCUUUAAAUAACAAGGGCAGUGCUCAUUGCAACAAAUGAGAGAAUUCAGUUUGAAUAGUUUUGAAUAAGCAGUAAAUGCCUGCUGGUCCGUUCCUUUUGGUAAAUCUUGAUAUUGUUUAUGGUUUAGAAUAAAUGUUAUUGUAUGUUUUUGAUUAUUGGCAGUUGAGACAGUUUGCUUUUAAGACAAAUCAUACAGAUUUGAGGCUCUUAUCUGGAAUUAGUCUUAGCACACAAAAAUGGAUGACAUUUGUUCUUGUGCUGAUGUAGGCAAGAACAUUAUAUCUGUAGUGCUGGAAGGCCGUCUCGUAUAUGAAUUUUAAAAAGAUGAGUGUAUUCAGGCUGAUUAUGACUCGGCUGUAUUUAGUCAUGGCACGUUGACAUUUCGUUGCCUUUGGGGUCUUCGGAUGUUUCAUCUGUUCUGUUUUUAAUGUCAGAAGAUGCAAAAAACAGGACAGGGUGCAGAGCUUUUACUCAGUUUGACUGAAAUUUUAGAAUCUGUCAUGCAAGUCUUAAGAAUACCCAUUCGGACUGUGAAUAUACUAUGAAAGUUUAGGUUUGGUUUUGGUUUGAGUUUGGGCAGUAACAAAAGAAGAAGUAUCUUAUAUUGUGCAGCUAAACAACCUCAUGCCACUGAUACAGUUUUUAAUUUAAUGGAAAGAAAAACAAGCGUUUGAUUGAAUUAUUUGACCUCUCGACCCUCCUGAAACGUUAGCCUGAAAUGUAGCAUAAUGUAAAGUGAAAAUAAUGACUCAAUUUAGGUUUUGAAUGCAGACGCCUGCUUUUCAGGUUCAUGCACACAGAAGGAAAAUGGAUACUGGUGGGCAGCAUUAGUAGCUGAGUGCUCUAGUUUUAUGUGUGGCCACCCAUCACAUUCAAAUUCAAAGGGUGCAUAAUCAGCUACUCAGUAUUGAGCACCAGAGUAUCAGCGGACCAAAUGAAAACAGAUGAGAUGGGCUCACAGAUUCAGGAGAUCUCAGUCUAUCAGAGUGCUUAUUGUUCAUCUAUAACCAAUCAGCAUGUGUGGCUGUUGAAUUAUUCCUGAUUGGCUCUCUCUAUUAUUUUAUAUUGGCGGCAAAACAAUAUGGGAAUGCUUGUGACAAAAUGUACUCAUGUUCAUUUCAUUGAAAGCUUUCU